GACCAGUAUGAUGGUAUUGAUAAACACACCCAGUCAGGACUGGAUCUGGUGGACCGAUAUGUGAAGUUUGUCAGAGAACGGACCGAGAUAGAACAGAACUACGCCAAGCAACUCAGAAACCUCUCCAAGAAAUACCUCAAACGAGGCAGCAAGGAGGAGCAAGAGUGUGGGUUCACCAAUCACCAGUCAUUCCAGGACAUUGUGAAUGAGCUGAAUGACUAUGCGGGCCAGAGAGAGCUAAUAGCAGAGAACAUGAUGACUGGAAUCUGUGUAGAACUCACCAAAUACCUUCAGGACCUCAAACAAGAACGCAAAACAUACCUGGCCGAUGCCAAAAAAGCUCAACAGAACUUGGAGAUCAGUUUCAAACAGCUGGAGAAUACGAAGAGGCGUUUUGCCAAGGAGUGGGGAGAGGCAGAGAAAGCCACACAGCAAGCGGAGAAAAUUGAGAACGACACAAACGCUGUGAAAGCAGAUGUUGAGAAGGUGAAGCAACAUGCCCAUGUGAAGACACACACAGCGGAGGAGUGCAGGAACGACUACGCCGCCCAGCUCCAGAAAUACAACAAGGAACAGAACACCUUCUACUACACAGAGAUACCGCAGCUGUUUAAUAAGCUGCAGGAUAUGGAUGAGCGUCGUAUCAGCUGCUUGGCAGAGGGCUACAGUCAGUUUGCUGAGGUUGAGAAGAAGGUUUUACCCAUCAUCACUAAAUGUCUGGACGGGAUCAGUAUGGCAGGGGGGAACACCAACGGCAAACAGGACUCCUUGCGGUUUAUAGAACAACACAAGUCGGGUUUUGAGCGACCGGCUGAGGUGGACUUUGAAGACUACAGCCAAGGUAUCAAACCAGCCUCCUCAGACGCCAACCUCAACCACCCUAAACUACGCACUAAACUGUGGCCCUUCAGCCACAAGAAAACCAAGGUAUGUACCCUUCACACUACACCCUACACACUAACCUACGUCAGACUCCAGCCUCAACCACCCUAGAAUACGCACUAAACUGUGGCCCUUCAGCCACAAGAAAACCAAGGUAUGUACCCUUCACACUACACCCUACACACUAACCUACAUCAGACUCCAGCCUCAACCACCCUAAACUACGCACUAAACUGUGGCCCUUCAGCCACAAGAAAACCAAGGUAUAUACUAGCACCCUGAACACUACACUGUACACCUGCAACAGAGUCAUUUUCUGGGGCCCCAAAAAUUUUUGUUUUAACAAAAUGGGAAUAGAAUAUAAAAUUUAAAACAUUUUAUAGACUGCAAAUGACCAGGAAUUAUGUAAAACAAUGUUUAAAUUCAGGAAAUCUGUUCCAAAGUAUUCCUGCAAAUAAUCAAGGUAUGAAAUUAUUAUUGUUGUUUUCAAUCCAGUCUUACUGGGGGACAGUCUCUUCUCGGUCUUACUGGGGGACUGUCUCUUCUCUGCCUUACUGGGGGACGGUCUCUUCUCUGUCUUACUGGGGGACGGUCUCUUCUGUCUUACUGGGGGACGGUCUCUUCUCUGUCUUACUGGGGGACGGUCUCUUCUCUGUCUUACUGGGGGACGGUCUCUUCUCUGCCUUACUGGGGGACGGUCUCUUCUCUGCCUUACUGGGGGACGGUCUCUUCUCUGCCUUACUGGGGGACGGUCUCUUCUCUGUCUUACUGGGGGACGGUCUCUUCUCAGUCUUACUGGGGGACGGUCUCUUCUCUGCUUACUGGGGGACGGUCUCUUCUCUGUCUUACUGGGGGA